GCCGAUAAAAGCGGUAUCGUGCGCUACAAUAUUGAUGUGCCACAGUUCUCCGGCGAUAUACGUGUGAUGGCUUAUGCAUAUAAGGGUAAAGGUUUCGGAGGGGCAGAUCAGCACAUGAAAGUGGCGGAUCCGGUAGUGAUAUCAACCGCGCUGCCCCGGGUGCUAAGCCCCAGAGACCAGGUAGUGAUGCCGGUAACAUUGAGUAAUACAACGACUAAAGAAGCACCCGCUACAGUGACGGUGACGGUUGCUGGUCCGCUGGGCAUCACCGGUGUGGCUUCGCAGAAAGUAACCAUACCGGCCAACCGGGAAGCACGUGCCGUAUUUAAUGUAGCUGCGCUGAACUCGAUAGGUGCCGGUAAAGUAACCGUAUCGGUAACGGCCAUGAACGAAACCUUUGUUGAUGAAACCGAAAUAGGCGUACGGCCACCAGCUUCUUUGCAGAAGAUCACCGGCAGUGGCACCGUAUCCGCCGCCGGGAUUGCCUCGUUAAGCAUCCCAUCCAAGUUCCUUCCAGGUACAGCAGGCGGUAAGCUCAUCAUUGGCAAAUCGCCCUUGGUGCCGUUUAGUAAAAACCUGGAAUAUCUUGUUCGUUAUCCUCAUGGUUGUGUAGAGCAGACGACUUCUGCGGCUUUUCCACAACUAUAUUAUGCUGACCUUGUAAAAGGCAUCACGGGUACAAGCUCGUCUGAUGGUAACCCGGGUUAUAAUGUACAGCAGGCCAUCCUGAAGCUCCAGUCCAUGCAGUUAUCCAAUGGCGCAUUAAUGUACUGGCCGGGCGGCGGCAGCGAAAGCUGGUGGGGCAGCAUCUAUGCUACGCACUUCCUGCUGGAAGCUAAAAAAGCGGGUUAUGAAGUGAAUGCCCGGACGGUGACCCGCUGGCCGGCUGUGAGCUUUAAGGAUCCCUGCCCGAUCCCUUGCUUGCUAAGCCAUAAACCGGCCCCCUGCCGUAUGCCGAGCAUAGAUUGCUGGGCAAGGACAUCCGGUGCAAGUGCAAUAAGCAUCGCCGAAGGAAACCCCAAAGAACAGAAAUUUGUAGACCUGGUGCUGGAAACCAAACCCGCACAGGUAACCCUGGUACCCGACGAAAUAGGCCAGCUCACCUCUAAUCAUGGAUGGGAUACGGCGUAA